UGUCAAUGUCAUUAAACAAUAAUAACAGCAACAGAGAAUGACUCUAUAUUAGCUAUACAUUAUUGGAAAAAUUGGGGAAAAUGAAAUUGUAUCAUAUAUUAGACAACCGUAUUAGACCAACGUUAAAUUUCCUGAGUGAAUAAUUUCGUAUGGUUAUAGAGGAGAAUGUCCUUGUUUUUAGGAGAUAAUGUUGAAGUACUUGAGAUAAAGUGUCAUGAUGCCUGCAACUUACAAACAGUUCAUGAAAAAGGAUGUGUAGGUAGAGAAAACAAACGAAGCAAAACAUUAACAACUGGUGAAACUAAACGAAAGGUACUGAGUGUAAAUUUAAUGUUCUUAUAAUUUUUCCAUUGGUUUAGAGUUUUUCAAAAUAAAAAAGUUGGUGCAAAAAGAGCACAAUAAAAUACCUGUAAUAUUACAAAAAAAAUAAAAGCAAAAACUCCCAGAUCCUUAUCUAUACAUUUUUUUAAUGGAAGGAUAACUGAAAAAAACUAAUAAUAGUUAACUAUAUCAGGGAGGAGCAGACAGGAUGGAUGAGAGGGGAUUGAAAACUAGAUUCUUCAGAAUGUACACUGUCCAUAAUGUUUUAAAAAGGUACUUUGUAAAUUACUGUUAUAUUCCAAAUAGCCUGUCAGUGAUGAUUUUCAUUUCUUGCUUUACUUGAGUAUUAUUUAGUAGUGUGGUAUAAUAUCUCCUUAUUUAUUAGUUUACCCAUCCAUCCAUCCACCCAGGGGAACUGGUAUACAGUUACUGUUUGUAAAUGCACCUAAACAUUACAAGAUUGUCCUCUAUUGUUCAGAAUACAGCUUUUAUUGUAUUCUUUUUCUGCAUAAUUGCUCCUCGUCUGACAGUGAUUUAAUAUCUCCUUAUUAGUUUAUUUUCCUCAUUUUGACCACUUUCCUCUAACUAUCUGGGACGUACUCUUUGAUGUUAUUCUUUGGUACAAAACAACUGGGUUCAUUAUACUUUGUAACAUUUUUCAUUGUAUAGAGAUGUCGUCUUAGGAACUGAAGAUUACAAGAAGUGAAGUGAUGAAGAACAAAGAUUCUCAAUGAGAAAUUACAAAACCAGUUCGCUCAUAUACUAUUGACUGAACCCAAAUACCCUCAGACUGGUUCUUCGAGGGCUAAGCAGAUAAAAUGAAAGCAAGCGAUCCCCUGGAAGUCUUCUUGCUAGUAUUUUAAAAUUUUUUAUGGGGUGCAGAAAUAACUUGCAUUCAGUCACACACUUGAGAUAAAGUGUCAUGAUGCCUGCAACUUACAAACAGUUCAUGAAAAAGGAUGUGUAGGUAGAGAAAAUAAACGAAGCAAAACGUUAACAACUGGUGAAACUAAACGAAAGGUACUAGAAAAUGCUGGAGCCAGUAUUCAGAUCAUGACUCUGUCCCACCAAUCAGAGUCAAAGCAGGAAGCCUUGGAGGUACAGAGUGACAAAACUGAUUCAUCUUGUCAGAUUCUGCUAAAGACUAAAAACCUUACAAUUCUGUUUUGAAGCUGGCAUGGGUCAGCUAAUACAACUCAAGGCUUGCCAAGUGUAGGAAACUUAACAUGGGGGUCUCUGCAUAAGACCCCAAAUGACUACACUUCCAAAACAAAACUGAAUCGGAAAUAAACUUUGCCAUCCACAUGAGAAUGCCACAGGAAAUUUUCUUGACCUUCCCUUUUCUCACAUAUGUCUUGAUCUAAUGAUGAACUACCACAAACCAGCCUUGUGGCCAACUCAUGCUACAUGCAGGAGUCUGAAAUUUUUCAAGGAUGUAAUUUGAAGAGGCCUCAAGUUGGAUGCAUCCCGAAGAGAAUGGCUCAAGGAAAAAAUUAUCAGUUUAUAAAAGGAUGAAAUCAUAUCCCUACAUUAUGCCCGAUUUAAAAAAUUAACCCCAGGUGGUUCAAGAAUUCAAACGUUAUGAUGGAAACUUCAAAAGUAUAGUGAAUGUCUUUAGACCUCAGGGCGGGAAAGGAUUUCUUAAGCAAGACACAGAAUGUACUUACCCUAAAGACUGAUAAAUCUGACUAUACUAAAAUUAAGAAUUGUAUUCAUCAAAAGAAACCUUAAAGAAGGCGAAAAGACAAUUUAAACUAAAAAGAUAUUCACAGUAUACACCAUUGAAAAAGAAUUAGUAAGAGAUUAAGGGAGAAUAUAUGAGAGAACUUUCAUACACUACCUUAUAUCCUCAAGACUUUUUUUUACAAUAUGUAUGUAUUAUUAUGUUGACUUUUUAAAUUAAAUUGAAUAAAAAUAUCCACAAGUUAGAUUCAAUAUCUCCUCUCAGACAACUGCUGAGGCCUAGAUGAUGCAGAUGAGGGAAUUCAGUACAUUAGUACCAUCCCCCUUAUGUAAAUAAUCGACACUUUACGUGAAAAAUAUUUAAAAAACAAACACUUCGUAACUAAUUGUAAGAACAAAGUCGUUUGUACAGCAGACGCUGUCUAUUCUAAAACAACUACCAAACUUGUAGAAAUGCACUAGGAGAAGUAUAAGAACACGCACGGGUGACACACCGAUUUCAGGACAUGAUUUCCUGCGGCGAGGGAAGGAAAGGUCUCCACCGACAUCUGUUUGAAAGAAUGCCCACGUCUGACGUCUGUAUUAUAAACACGACGCACUUGUUUGAAUGAUUCUGAAGCGGUAACGAACCAGAGGCAGGAGAUGAAAGAGAAGAUGCACAUUCCACGAGCCCGCCCUCGGCCUUACCCUCCUCGGGCGCAACCUUUGAACCUGGACCGGGCCUGGCUGGGACCCCGCUCCAGCCAACCACACCGUCCAUCAACCCCGGCGCCUCGGGGCCGGGCGUUACCUGACCGGGCGGCGUCUCCGAGAGCCGCCGGGGUUCCGGGCGGAGGAGAAAGCGGGGCAACGCCACGCGUGGCGGUACGCAGAGCCCCCGCAGCCCUCGCCCACAGGGCCGCCCGGGAGCAGGGCGCAGGCGCACCGGAGGGGGCGGAGCCGGCCGCAAGCCGUAAAGGGCCCAACUUCGCGCCUCCACAAAUCCCGCGAGAGCUGCUUGCCCCUUACCCGCUGGCUGCCGGUUCGAGCAUGGUCGACGACGCGGGCGCCGCCGAGGGCCGGGGGGACGGGCUGCUGGGGUUCCUAUUUACGCCGCCACGGAUUCGCUCCCGGCCGUGGUGGUUUCCUGUGCAGGAGCUGAGGAACCCGCUGGUGUUUUCUUUGGAGGCGUGGCUGGCCGACUCGAUCUUCGGCCCGGACCGAGCCGUGGUUCCGGAAAUGGAGUGGAUGAGCCAGGCCCUGCUGACGGUGGACGCAGUUCACGCCGGGAAGUUGGUGGAAAUCACCGUCUUCGGGCGGCCAGCUGUCCAGCGCCGGGUGAAGAGCGUGCUCCUGAGCCUGGCGUCGAGUCACCGGGAGAAGCGUGCCCGAGCUGAGAAGAUGGAACAACUCGAGGAGUUCUUGAAGGCCCAGGCACCAGGUCCCCAGGUCCCCCAGAGUCCUGUUGCAUAAGUGUUCUCCGGGGCAUGAGAACAGUCCUCCUUCUGCUACUAAAGUUCAGGAGAAGCAAAUAUCCUUAAAUCUGUGCAUUUAUUUUUUUCCUGUAUCUUGAUGGACAGUGGUUUGAUUCUUUUGCUGCAAACGUGAGUUUGUAGUGCCCUUCUAGUAAAUAAAUGAAUUUCCUUUUUUCCAAUGGCAUAAAGAUCUUGGCUCACUCAAAAUUAAGCAAAUUUAUAAAAGAUUGACUCUGUUCAUUCAUAUCUUGAUGUGAGAGGCUGAUAGG